AUGAGUCCAAAGUCUCAAGUACAGCGGACUGUGAGAACUCGCGCAAAAAGGGCCUGUAUCACUUGCAACGCUCGCCGAGUGAAAUGUAAUGUUGUCGAGAAACAGCCCUGCGAUAAUUGCAGAGCCUCGGGUGCGCAUUGUGAGAUUGGAGUUUCGAGGAGAGGAAAAUAUCCCCGAUAUAUUGUCAGCCCUCAUCCCAGUACUCUGCAUACAAGCCCACAAGCUGGAGAAGGAGUCAAGAACAUAGUAAACCGACCAAGAAUUCAGGGAGAUAUACUCUCUCCCGACAAUAGCGUGCACCUCAACAGUAUGACGUUUGAGCCGUCGCAUCCCCGGAUUAAGAGCGAACUCGAUCAAACUAUCUUCUUCGGCGAAUCUAGUCCCCUGACUUGUGUCGUCGAAGAAGGUAACAACCCACUCGAAGGUGGUGACUCAGCAACCCCGUCAAAUAAAAUAAGAUGGCAAUAUCCCAUUCCCGAGGUCGUGUGCCGAAGAUCAGUCAGUUUUUCACUCUUUGCUAGUCGAAAAGCACGCAAAAUUGAGCAGUUGACUCGUGAAGGCAUAUUCGACUUCCCGGAGCCAGCUGUUUGUGAGAUGCUCCUUAAGGCUUACUUCGAAUGGUUUCAUCCUUGCUUCCCGAUUGUCGACAGAGUGGAGAUUAGCAAGUCGUGUAACGAUAACACCAUCUCCCCGUUGUUGCUGCAAUCAAUGCUGUUCAUUGGUGCUAGCCUCUGUAGCGAUGAAGUACUUCGAGCAUCUGGAUUUAGUGAUCGUUAUGAGACCAAGUUCCAUUUUUAUGAUAGGGGGAAGGAGAUAUUUGAUGCUGAUUGCGAGACGGAUUCGCUUUCAAAGCUGCAGGCGUUGUUUCUGUUGAGCUUCUGGCGUAGUACCCCUGGCCACGAGAAAGAUACCCGGUAUUGGUUGGGCGCUGCUAUCAGUCUUGCUCAGACGGGAGGUCUGCAUAUGCUAUCCAAAUUAUCUCUUUUGAAACCCAAGGAGAAGAGAGUCAGAAAACGCAUAUUCUGGUCCCUAUAUAUACGUGAUCAACAAGUCGCCGCUGCUUACGGGCUGCCACCUCGGAUUCGAGAUGAAGAUUGCGAUAUCUCGAUGCUGGAUGAGGAGGAUUUCGAUGAGUCGGGUUUCGUGGGAAAUACGGCUGUAUUCGGUAUACAACGACCGGAACAUAUUUCAUACAUGAUACAGAUGGCAAGGGCAUCUAGGCUGCUUCGUGAAGUGGUCUGGGCGGCAUAUCUCCCGGGCAGACUUCGAUACGACCCUAGUGACCGCGAGAAAUUGAAAGGUCGGUUGCUGCAAUUCGAAUCCGAACUACCACCAGAACUUAAGCUUUCUCAAGCACUGGAGCAUGGUACGAUGUACUUUGCGGGAAUUGUCAACAUUACUUACCAUUAUCUUUAUAUACUUCUAUACCGGCCGUCAUACCUCGAUCCAUCUGAUGAAAAGAAUCAAAAGGAAGGAAUGUUGGCUCUUCAAGCAGCCUGUCGAUGUACGCGAAUCCUUGAGGACAUGCUAUCUCACAACUUGAUUGAGCAUGGUAUCAUCCACUUAAUUACAAACAUAUUUGCUACUCUUUGUAUUCACACUGUGCACUUCUCGCGCUCAGAAAACACAGAACGGAAACUCGCCGAACAUCGAGCGAAGCUUUGCUUACUCGGGUUGAAGGAGCUACAGAAAUCCUGGGAUUUGAAUUAUUGGGUCUUGGAAAUAUUCUUUCACUGUCUAGAUGAGAGUACGGCGGAGUAUCUGAAGAUAUCAGAAGAGAAGAACAACAACAAUAAGGCCGGCGUGGCCAGCACGAGCAUGAAUGGUGGCAGUGGGAACGUUGAUGCAAUAACAGCGGGCAACAUAAGCCCAUCCAGGGAGGUUCCACACAAUAUGCAGUUAUUUCCAAGCUCCACGAAAUCCAUUUUUUCGAGCGUCAUCUCUGUGGAAGAAUUCCCACAAAAUCAACUACCUUCACUAUCAUCAGCGCAACAGCAGGAAGCGCAACAACAAGAGGAAACCCUCAACGAAGAACAGCCACAAAACCUGACUGAGAUGACGCCAUUAUCUCUUCCCAGCAACGAAGUUGAUAUUGACUUAUCAGAGCCGUAUCUAUUCGACGAAGAAUUUGCGCGGAACUUUGGCUCUUGUACGCCACGUCUGGAUGCACUGAACUCGACGAAUUUGGACUUCCUAUAUCGUUAUCUAUAAAGUUCAAGACGCGAUUAAGCCAUUGGGUUCUGUAGCUUACCAGCCUCUAUCAUAAUUUAGUUCCAGCAUA